AGGUCUUCAUGGCCGAGCUCGAGGGCCUUGACGAUCGAGCUGUUGUAUGAGAGGCGGGCCUGACGGUGGGUGGGUGGUGGCGGUGGGGAUGAGCUGCAACGGGUGCCGCGUGCUGCGGAAGGGGUGCAGCGAGGCUUGCGUGCUGCGGCCGUGCCUGCAGUGGAUCGAGGGCGCCGAGGCGCAGGGCCACGCCACCGUGUUCGUCGCCAAGUUCUUCGGCCGCGCCGGACUCAUGUCCUUCCUCACCGCCGUUCCCGAGCCGCAGCGCGCAGCGGUGUUCCAGUCGCUGCUGUACGAGGCGGCGGGGAGGACGAUCAACCCGGUGAGCGGCGCGGUGGGGCUGCUCGGGGCGGGGAGCUGGCACCUCUGCCAGGCAGCGGUGGGGACCGUGCUGCGCGGCGGCGGCAUCCGCCCGCUGCCGGAGCUCGACGGCGGUUUUACUGCAGCAGACGGCCGCGACCCGUUUGCUUUUACGGCGAGGCGGGCCGUUGGGUGCUCGACGGCGAAGCGGGCGACGACGAGGAACGCGGGGGCGCCCGACUCUACGGUGGCGGCGGCGGCGCAGGAGCCGUCGUGCGACCUCGGGCUGUGGCUCAGCCCCGGGUCGCCGCCGGCGCCGGGGGAGUGGCGACCAGACACGCCAUCGAUGAACUCCGAGGGGUCCGUAAUGACGACGAGCAGCGGCGGCGGCGGGAGGGAGAUCGAGUUGCUGAACCUUUUUGUCUGAGCUGUAUACGCUCGCUCAUGUGCCUCUCUGCAGACUGCAGUGUACUGUACCGGAUCCCGGCGAAGCUGUUUGCUAGCCUGUCGCCGGCGAGGUGUCCUUAGUCCUUUUUUGCCUUUUUGGCGUGGUGAAACUGAACCCGCCGGACCGAAAUGAGAGCACCGCGCCGGUGCCACCGCCCGUUAACUAUUC